ACUGCGGGCUUCUUGCAAGAUUAUCAAGCUGAAUUUUGCAUAUAUAAGCCAGAGUCUUGUCCCACGAUGAAGCAGUUUCUUGUAGAUAAUCACCCUCAACCCAGUUUUACAAUUUCAUCUUCACUCUAUUGAAGAUCUCAACUUCAGAUCAUUCUUUAUACAAUGAUUUCGAAGCUCGCCUCUUUGGCUAUGGUGUCCUGCCUCUGCGCAGGAGCCAUAGCCCAGCGAACUCUGGAGUAUACUAAUCCACCUGAGGAAGAAAUCGCCAUAGCUCAGGCCUUGGAUGAAGAUGAACCGAUAUUGGUCGCCCGAAAAUCAGGCAUAAGCCCCGAAUAUUCCUUGAUCUACAAGAAACCACUCCCAAUUCCACCGGUCAAGCAGCCCAAGCAGAUCAUUACGAACCCCGUGACUGGAAAGGAUAUCUGGUAUUUCGAAAUUGAGGAGAAGCUUUUCCAACAACAGGUGUUCCCGAACCUCCAACCUGCCACUCUGGUUGGUUAUGAUGGCAUGAGCCCUGGGCCAACCUUCAUCAUCCCACAAGGAACCGAGAGCGUUGUGCGCUUUGUGAACAACGCGCAACGAGAGACUUCGGUUCAUCUUCAUGGCUCACCGUCUCGAGCCCCCUUCGACGGAUGGGCAGCAGACAUCACCAACCCUGGCGAAUACAAAGAUUAUUACUAUCCCAACUUCGAAUCUGCUCGUCUGCUGUGGUAUCACGACCAUGCUCUAGGAAUUACUGCUGAGAACGCGUUUUUUGGACUCGCGGGUGCUUACAUCGUGACCGAUCCUAGAGAAGACGUGCUAGGCCUUCCCUCCGGUUACGGACAGUUUGACAUCCCCCUUAUUCUCGGCUCCAAGUUCUACAACCAGAAUGGGACACUGCAGUCACAGCUUAAUGAGGACACAAGCACUUGGGGCGAUGUCAUUCACGUCAACGGACAGCCCUGGCCAUUUCUCAACGUCCAGCCACGCAAGUAUCGCUUCCGCCUCCUUGACACUGGUAUCUCUCGAAACUUCGCCCUCUACUUCGCCCGUUCGACGAACACCAAUGGCAAACUACCGUUCCAAGUCAUCGCCUCAGACUCUGGUCUUCUCGACAUCCCCGUCACCGUCAAUCAACUAUUUAUUGCGGUCGCUGAGAGGUACGAGGUCGUCUUCGACUUCGCGCCAUUCGCUGGCCAGUCCAUCGACCUCCGCAACUUGCCAGAUGUUGGUGGUUUCGGUGUGGAUGACGACUUCGACAAUACCGACAAAGUCAUGCGCUUCAACGUAGCCGCGGCUCCUGUCAACGACCCGUCAACUGUGCCUACAACUCUUCGUCAAGUUCCCUUCCCACCCUCGACACAGGGCAUCGACCACCAUUUCCUCUUCCACCGCCAGCACGGCCAAUGGCUCAUCAACGGCGUCGGUUUUGAGGACGUCGCUAACCGAGUAUUAGCCAAGGUCCCCCGCGGCACCGUCGAGAUCUGGGAGCUUGAGAACCGUUCCGGCGGUUGGACACACCCCAUUCACGUCCACCUGGUUGACUUCCGCGUGAUCUCCCGCGAGGGCGACCGCGGCGUCCAGCCCUACGAGGAGCACGGUCUCAAGGACGUGGUCUGGCUCGCCAAGGGUGAGACGGUCAGGGUUGAGGCGCACUAUGCGCCAUGGACUGGUCUCUACAUGUUCCACUGCCAUAAUCUGAUCCACGAAGACCAUGACAUGAUGGCCGCCUUCAACGUAACGAUGCUGCAGAACUUCGGGUAUAACGAGACAACCGACUUCAGCGACCCUGAAGACGACCGCUGGGACGCCGAGCCCUAUGUCCUUGCCAAUUUCCGCGCAGGCACCGGCAUCUUCUCCCCUGCAGCCAUCACAGCCAAGGUUCAGCAACUCGCUCGCGAGCAGCCAUAUAGCGAGCUUGAACAGGUCGAGGCCGCUCUAGAUGCAUUCUGGGCGGGCAAGGACAUCGGCGACCCGAAUGCCGCUCUUCCAAAGCGUGAGGCUUCCCCUGAGCAGCCCAGCCCAAUUCCUCGAUAUCGGCGCUUCGUAGUCUAACUGUGGGAUUUUAUCUUCCUAACUCUCUCAGUUAAUUUCACUCAUUUAUCACUCGUUGACUUAGCUAGCGCCUUGAUCCGUACAUCCAAAUAUUCCACAGUGUAUACUUGUAAACCUUCUGUGUAUACCUUUACCCAUUGAGUUAUUUUGCUUUGUCGCAAUUACCCUCUCUUUCAUCCUGCACAUCCCUCGUCUAUGCAUUUCCCGUGAUCAUUCUUUGCACAUACUUCGAUAGUAAAAAGCUAUCCGGGCUGGAAAUGACUGCCCACAUUCUUGUAUAUAGUUCAUUUUCAUUUAAUUCAGCCUACCUCAUCUCAAUAAAUCAAUAUGAAUAAUGAGCCCACAGCCACCAGCUUGUGACGAUCCCACCACACAAUAGGAUACGAAGCCAGCAGAUUAACAAUAACACUGACAUCGUUCUUGAGAGGUAACGUACAGCGAUUAAGUCUGGAUCGACUACUAGCGGAAUGCCUCACUCCCCAUCAGGAAU